UCCUCCAGGGUAGUUUUAUUUAAAGGUGCCUAACUUAUACCUCACCCAACUGCUUUCAAAAUCGUUCAGUUCUUCCUGUUGGAAGUUAAACUACCGUCUUCAUCCCUGCUCUGGUUCUGCACCAGAAGCCUAUCUCCGGCAGGACAGUGCCACGAAGGCGUCCUUUUUAUGGGAUGUGCACGUUGCUCUACACUUUGGCUGCAAAGCAGGAGCUGUGCUUUAAAACCGCCAAGAGCGAGUGGGUGCCGUGUGCUAAAUUAUCUGUCUCGCAACUUCCACACGUAAGAAGGAUGCUUUCUUCCUUCCUUAAACACGAAAGAAACAGGCAAAACAAAAACAAAAAGAAACCCGACAGGCUUCAAAACCGUCCGAUCGCCCAGGGAAAGCGCGCCAAUCACACAAAGAAAAGGAGGGGGGCUAUUGGGAUUCAAAAUCAUUUCCCCGGGACGAACACCUUCCUGGACCUAUCGGAGUUAACUGCGCGCUUGGUCGUAGCCAAUAGGCGCAGUGUUUCUGGCUCAGGUCCUCCCUAAAGACUGAUAGACAUUUAUGUAACCCAAUGGAGUAGUGAGAUGCUGAAGAAUCAACCAAUACAUUCGGGAGGUGGGUGGAGUGUAGGCCAGGGGGUUGGCGGUGCCGUGUCAUGGAGGCUCAGUCUCCGAGCAGCCAUUGAAGGGGAAGGAACUGCGGGUGUGUGUAUGUGUGUGCGUGUGAGUGCGCGCGCGAGUGUGUGGACAAGGAGGUGGGGGCAGCUGAGUUAGAGUCCCAACUCCUUGGACUCCAUUUGCUGUUCCCUUCUUUCUCCCCCACACCUAUCUGGUGGUGGUGGUGGGCGUUUAUAUUUGCGUUUCUUUUCAUUCAUUUCCAAAUCUUUUAAAAUUUUAGGGUUGGGGGGUAGUGGGAAAGGCAGGAAAAGGUAAGGGAGGAGAGUAGUAGCAGAAGAGCAGGAGGAGGACAUGGAGAUGAAGAAGAGGAUUAACCUGGAGUUAAGGGACAGAGCCCCGGAGGAGGUGACAGAGUUGGUCCUUGAUAAUUGCCUCUGUGUCAAUGGGGAAAUUGAGGGCCUGAAUGAUACUUUUAAAAAACUAGAGUUUCUGAGUAUGGCUAAUGUGGAACUAAGUUCACUGGCCCGGCUGCCCAGCUUAAAUAAACUUCGAAAGUUGGAACUUAGUGACAAUAUAAUUUCUGGAGGCUUGGAAGUCCUGGCAGAGAAAUGUCCAAACCUUACCUACCUCAAUUUGAGUGGAAACAAAAUCAAAGAUCUCAGUACAGUAGAAGCUCUGCAAAAUCUUAAAAAUUUGAAGAGUCUUGACUUGUUUAACUGUGAGAUCACAAACCUGGAAGAUUAUAGAGAAAGUAUUUUUGAACUGCUACAGCAAAUCACGUACUUAGAUGGAUUUGACCAGGAGGAUAAUGAAGCACCAGACUCAGAAGAAGAGGAUGAUGAAGAUGGAGAUGAAGAUGAUGAAGAGGAAGAGGAAGAUGAAGCUGGUCCACCUGAAGGAUAUGAGGAAGAGGAAGAAGAGGAGGAUGAGGAUGAGGAUGAGGAUGAAGAUGAAGCAGGCUCAGAACUGGGAGAGGGAGAAGAGGAGGUGGGCCUCUCAUACUUAAUGAAAGAAGAAAUUCAGGAUGAAGAAGAUGAUGAUGACUAUGUUGAAGAAGGGGAAGAAGAAGAAGAAGAGGAAGAAGAAGGUCUUCGAGGGGAAAAGAGGAAACGAGAUGCUGAAGAUGAUGGUGAGGAAGAAGAUGACUAGAUCAUUCUAAGACCAGAUUCCCUAAUGUUCCUGGGUGUGCAAUAGAGUGAUCACGUCUUCUUUGUUUCUUCAUGUACGAUAGCUAUCCCUACAGAAGAUAAUGUGUAACUUUUUAUAGGAAAAGUGUGGUUUUACUAUUUUUGCCUUACCAUUCCAAAUAAGAUUAACUAGUCUGUUAAUGAUCAUAUUGUAUGUAGAGACAAAUUUUCAUUGACCCCAUUGUGAAAUUCCCUAGCAAUUUAUUUAGAAUCUUAAUUUUUCUAAUUAAAGCUCACUGUGUUAGUCAUUUUUAGCAUAAUUAAAACAUGAUUGCUUUUACACAGGUGUAAUAUGGUGCAUUUCAUUCAUAGGGUUUUAAAGUUAUUUAUAAAUUAACUGAAAUCACAGUUGGCUGGAAUCUGGAAUGAAAAUAGUCUCUUGAAUGAUAAGUUGGUUAUUUUUUUUAGAGGCAACCCAGAGAUCUUUAGUUUGAAGGCAGUGACUUUUUUUUUGGCUGAGGGUAUUUGGGUGCUUUUUUGUCACAUGAGUAGCUUGGAAAGUAGGAGCAGAAUAGUAAAGGUUCUAUUCAACAAUAUAGUUGAUGGCUUUUGUGAAGGCUUCUAAAACCUUUUAAGCCAGGUGACUAAGAAGAUUUUAGUUUUCAAGGAAAAAUUGCUUAUACUGAGUUCAGAGACAUGUAGGAGAGCCCUUUCUUCUUAAAUCGAAGAUCAUGACCUGCCAACGGUUGUUAUUUUGUUUUGUUUUAAGUGUGCAUUCUUUGUUUUCCUCUCAGUGAUUCUUUUAUGAUCACCUCCCUUUCUUGUUUCACUCCCCUCUUCUCAAAAAAGAGUUGGGAAACUUAUGGAUACCCAAGAUGGCUUUGUCUUAUACCUCAACCACCUUUUCAGACCUGUCUUAGCUUUAAACAAGCUAAGUGAAAGAAAUUGAGUAUUUUCUGAAAUACGAAUAUUAUUAUCAAUACAGUUUUAUGCAACAGACUCUGCUUACUGUAAAUCUCUUUCUUGACAAGAUGUACAGACUGUAUUAGGAUGA